CUCAGACCACAUUGAGUACUAAAAAACACAGAGAAACUCUCAAAAACAAGUAAAUUGUGUUCCAAGUGUUUGAACGAUGGCUGGCACUAAGAUUGUCUCCCUGCUCCUUGUAUGCAUGGUUGUGGUUGCACCCAUGGUUACAGAUGCAGCCAUUACUUGUGGGACAGUGGUAAGUCUAAUAUCACCAUGCGUCAACUACCUUCGUGGCACGGUGCCUCUGUCACAGGCUUGCUGCAGUGGCGUCAAGGCUCUCAACGCCCAGGCUAGUACCACACAAGAUCGCCAAACCACCUGCGGUUGCUUGAAGGCUGCCGCUGGUGGCGUCAAUGCUAAUCGUGCUGCUGGUCUUCCUAGCCAGUGUGGUGUCAACAUUCCUUACAAAAUCAGCCCCAACACUGACUGCUCCAAGAUCACCUGAAUCAUCAAUUGAUGAUGAUAAAAUCCAUAUUGGGAAUUUUGUGGGCAGGAGUUGAUGUGGUAUGGAAGAAUAAUUAUAAGUUAUUUGAAUAAAAUGUGAGUGUGUGUGGGUACUCGAUCGAUCGAGUGAGUCUCCCCUGUUGUCUCCUGUACUCUUUCUGUUUACUGUUUGUGUCUGUCUUUCCUUUGUGUUUGUCAGGGUCUGUCUAUGUAAUGGUCCGAUGUUUUAUAUAUCUAAUGCGAGUUCUUUUUUUUAUAAUGUCGAUCCACACAUUUCCUUUG